AUGGAUGGUCUAGUUCUCUCAAACUUCAACGUCGUGUGCGCUGCAUUUGGCGGCUUUCUCUUGGUUUUUGGGUUAGUAUCGGAUGCAUGGAAGCAGAAAUUCCUGCUCUCCGAAGCAUUGAUUGCUUUGAUUGCCGGCGCAGUCCUCUCACAUGUCGCGGGCUUCCUCCGUCCAGACGAAUAUGGGUGCGGACAGGGCAAGAACAUAGAUUCAAUCACCCUUGAAUUCUCCCGGCUUGUUUUGGCGGUCCAGCUGGUCCUCACGGGCAUCCAGCUCCCUUCGCGCUACCUCUCCCGGGCAUGGCGCUCUAUUUUCUACCUGCUGGGCCCGACCCUGACGUUGAUGUGGCUUAGCGCUGGCCUUAUCAUAUGGAUGAUGGUGCCGCGUCUGGGCUUCAUCCCCGCCCUGGCGAUUGGAGCCUGUGUUGCGCCGACUGAUCCAGUCCUCUCCAAUGCUGUCAUCAAAGGCCGAUUUGCUGAGAUCAAUACCCCAAAGCCAUUGCAGAGACUCAUCACGGCUGAAGCAGGGUUGAACGAUGGCCUCGGUUAUCCGUUUCUCUUCUUUUCGUUGUACUGGAUCAAGUAUUCCGAGGGUCAAGGUAUUCAGCUGCCCAUGCUCACCUCCUGGAUUGGUGGUACUUGGGGCCACGUCAUCAUUUUCAGCGUCGUCUAUGGCGUCGGUGUCGGGUACGCUGCACGGAAGUUGUUCUUUUCCGCUAGAAGACGCGGGUUCGUUGAGGAAGAAAGCUCCUUGAUCUAUGUUAUUGCGUUAUCUCUGUUCGUCCUAGGAACAUGUGGAAUCCUGGGAACCGACGAUAUCCUUGCUUGUUUCAUAGCCGGGUGUACAUUUGCGUGGGACGACCAAUUCGAGCAGGACGCUUGCAGCGAGAUCUUCUGGUCCGCUGCCGAUCAGUUGCUCAACAUUUCCAUUUUCAUCUGGUACGGUGCAGUCGCGCCGUGGGCAUUGUUCGCCACAAACGGCGUCGUCUCCCUUGGGAGAUUGUUGGCAUUGGGCAUUGUCAUCCUGUGCUUCCGGCGCUUACCAGCAAUCUUGGUCAUGAAGCACAAAGUGACCGAGAUCGGAACCCUCUUCCAGGCCCUGUUUGUCGGAUUCUUCGGACCUAUCGGGGUCUCGGCUAUUUUCUAUCUGCUCAUCGCCGUGGAGUUCCUUGAGGAGUUGGUUCUGGACGACAAAGGUACACCACGCGGGGAUAUACAGUACCUCCAAGAAGCCAUGCGGGUCGUCGUCUGGUUUCUAGUAGUGAGCAGCGUGGUCGUCCAUGGCUUAGCCCUGCUGCUGGCCAGAUUGUGUUGUUGGAUUCCUUUUGUCGGUCAUCUGGUACCUAUGCGAGAUCCACUUGGCAAUGGUGAUGAUGCAGAAGCCGGAUCCGAUUCUCCUAGGAGACGACUUCGAGACUACUUCAACUUCAACUUUCAAAGCAAGGAAGGUCAGAUACGUCUUUGGCCGGGUGGGAAUGGAUAUAGUACUAUGGGCGGAAGCUGA